GCGCCGCCUCUUCCUGCUCCGUGACUAAGCGGCGGCCGUUCGGGGAAAGGAAAGAUGGAGGCGUCCGCGAUGCUGCCGCUGCCUUCGCUGUUCUGGGGCGGGGGUCCCGCCCCGGGGAGUCUCUUCCCACUGGGCAGCCCGACCCAGGACGCCUGGGCCCAAAGCGAGGCCUCCAAGAGGACUCUGAGCCCCAUGGUGACGGGCACCUCCGUCCUGGGCCUGAAGUUCGAGGGAGGGGUGAUGAUCGCAGCCGACACGCUGGGCUCCUACGGAUCGCUGGCCCGAUUCCGCAACCUCUCCCGGAUCAUGAAGGUCAACGACAGCACCGUCCUGGGCGCCUCAGGGGACUAUGCCGACUUCCAGCACCUCAAGCAAGUCCUGGAGCAGAUGGUGAUUGACGAAGACCUUCUGGGCGACGGGCACAGUUACAGCCCGAAGGCCAUUCACUCCUGGCUGACCCGGGUCAUGUACAACCACCGGUCUAAGAUGAAUCCCCUCUGGAACAGAGUCAUCAUCGGCGGCUACUCCAACGGGGAAGGCUUCUUAGGUUACGUCGACCUGCUGGGAGUGGCCUACGAAGCGCCUUCGUUGGCGACCGGAUACGGGUCUUACGUGGCACAGCCGUUAAUGAGGGAGGCGCUGGAGGAGACCCCCAACCUUUCCCAGCAGGCGGCCAGAGCUCUCAUUGAACGGUGCAUGAGGAUCCUCUACUACCGGGACGCCCGCUCGUUCAACCGGUACGAGAUCACCACCGUCACCGAGAAAGGCGUGGAGGUGGAAGGACCUCUGACCUUGGAGACCAACUGGGAGAUUGCUCACCUGAUCAGUGGUUUCGAAUGAAACAGGAAAAGUUUUUCUAUUUGUUGAAGACGGAAACCCCCAAAUCCUUUGUGAUACUGUUUGAGGCUCCUGGGGGAGCCACCUUUUCUUUAAUAAAGAUGCUUGACUGUCUACAAC